GAAGUGAUGCCGUAAACAACACAGCGGCCAGGGACGGCAUGCGACAGGAUGGGGCAGUGACCAGGAGCAGGAUGGCUAAGGCGUGGAAACGGUCAAGACAAAACAAAAGCAGAAAAAUAAAAACCCUGCGCCUCACUGCUGGCAGAAACACACGAAUGCGCACGCGCGCUCAUUUCCCUCGCUUUCCUCUCCGGCGCGGCGCCGGGCCUUUGCACUUUGGGUCCGGCCCCUGGCGGUCCGCUCCGUACCGUGCGGGAACCUCCGGUCGCCCUGGGCCUGUGCACUCCCCGCUCUGCACCAUGCCUGGGGGCGUGCCCUGGUCCGCCUACUUGAAAAUGCUCUCCUCCAGCCUCCUGGCCAUGUGCGCCGGGGCCCAGGUGGUGCACUGGUACUACCGGCCUGACCUGGUCAUGUUGUCCUCAAAACGCCCCCAAAGUGAAGGCCAGUGCAAUCUCCAUGUCCCUUCCACUUCCCAUCAACAUCAACUAGCCUUCCAACUUCUUGAAUGCUACAUCAGAUGUCACGAUGCUUUUCCUUGAACAUGAAGGCACAGUCAUGCCUCAGACAAUACCUGAAAUUCCCCCAAAGCCUGGAGAACUCAGAACGGAGCUUUUGGGACUGAAAGAGAAACACCACAAACCUCAGGUUUCACAGCAGUAGAAACUUCAAGAUGCAACUCUGCCAGGAAUGCUGAGAUUAUUUUACAUACAUAUUUUUAAAUGUAUUUAAAUUUAAACUACUUCUUAAACAUCUAAUCUGAAAACAAAUGCUGGUUGACCGGAACUGAUAAAGUUGAACUUAAAGUAUUAAGAGUCAGUCAGUAUUUUCUAGUCUCACUAUGCAUUCUUGGCUCACCUGGAACUCACUCUGUAGGUCAGGCUGGCCUCCAGAUGACAGGGAUCCACAGGCCACUGCAACAAGGUUUCUGUGUAGCCUAUGCUGAUCCACUUCCGGAAUGGUAGAAUUGCAGGUAUCUAUGACCACACUUAACUGCAGAAGCCUCAGCUUUUACAUUUGAUUGGGAAGAUGUUUCUCUUCAGUAUCACAAGAGUUAAGAGUAUUUACAAUGUCUCUUGCCACUAUGAUUCUUAAUUCUCGGAAUGAGCUUCAUGAUAAAGGCAAGUUAUAAAUUACAUACAAUAAAAGUCAGUGAUAAUGCUUAUAGGGUCUAAACAUUGAAAAGUAAUGUUUGUACUAAACUAUAAAAUAUUUCUAGUUCUUUGGAGUUGUAUGCCUAAUGGAAUUGCAACAUUAGUGACUUAGCUUGUCAAGGUGCUUUAAUCCCCCAAAUUUGAGAAAGCAAAUUAAAGUCAUUUUCUUUAUACAUGUAAGAAUGUGAUAAAAUCUUAAAUGAAUGUGCUAAAUUAAAUUGUGUCACUAAAAAAAUGUUGACCUCAAUCCUCAAGAGCCUGUGAAUGUGACUGUAGGAUAUGUCUUAAUGUCAUGAAGAAAUGCAGGGAGGACAUUGUGAAGACAGAGGCAGGGACUGGAGUGUUGAACUGCAAGACAAGAACACCAAGUGUCUUAGGCCUCCAACCAAAGCCCACAAGAGGAAAGAACAAGACUCUGCUCAUCAUACUGGACUACACAUUUGGUCCUUCAGAACUGUGGUAACACAUUUCUUGCCACGUAGUUUCCUACAUCAGCUGUAGGAAAUGAACUUGUUUCAAGAUUUUGCUCAAUCUAUAAAUAUAGAACAAAAGUAAUUUA